AUGUACGACGGAAAAAGGAACUAUCUGCAACAAUUGUGUGCAAGUUGUUUGUGGGCCGAUUGGCGCUGUAAUAAUUGUGGACGAGGUGGCUGGUUCAACGGAAAAUCGAUUGUUCUUGGAACGCUCUACUAUUAUGACAUUGUUUCGGCCGGUAAAUGCUGUCCACCGACGUGUACUGUGUGCCGUAGUCCACUGCUAGUACCGGAAAACAUCAUGAUGCAGAUUGUGAAUGUGAGAUAA